GGUAUACCUCAGUACUGGGCCUACUAAAACGAGCUUAAAGGGACUCGGAGAAGGUUCCUCGUCAGAAACGGUCGCUCUUUUCACGACCCGAGCUCGUUGCACCAUACUUCCGAGGUGUCCACGUUCAUCUUCUAGUACACAUACAAUUACAGGACGCUGCAACUUUGUGUGACUUGACUAGAGAAUGCAGCCCUUCAACUUUACGGAGUUCCAAAUGCAGCGGAUGCAAGAUCUAGAGACGCUCAGCGCAGUGGCGUCCCUGGCGUGGACCACGAAGUCGCUCCCGCCACUGGACGGCAUCCCCGAGUCGGCACAGUUCACUGCAGCGGGGACAGCCAUUUUUGGAUUCCUGCUGCUUGUCCUUCUGUCGCGACCCGGGAGGCGCGCCGUGUUCUUGACAGUGGACACGGUGCUGGCGGUGCUGCUGCUGGGGCUACUUCUGGCGGCGGUGUUGGCGCUACCGGCAGUGGCUGUGUACAUCGGCAUGCGCGGUUCACUGCUCAUGGCGCGAUCUCUGGCUGACAACUUCCCACUGGCCGCCGCACUGCUGCGCCCGCUGCUGGCGGCACUGGGGCAGUCGGCGGCGGGGACAGCGGCGGGGGCCGCUGCGGCUGAGGGCGCCACUGCGGCCGGCCCCUAGUAACGCGCCCGCGCCUCAUUAGCGCCCGCCGCGCACAGCUGUGUGCUGCGCAACGCUGUAGCUGUGCCACUUGGCGGAGGUGUCCAGCACCUGGGGUACCUGGUUGCGGCCACCAGGGCCGGGGCAUUGGCAAGGGACGGCGGCUGCAUGGGCUAGGAGCUGCACCAUGUGUUGCUGGGGCGCGCCCGGGCGGAGUCUUUUACAGCCACCGCUCUCGCCGCCUGUGCGGCUGGCCUGGUGUGGCUGUGUCCUGGUGGAAGCGCAGUGCCUCUGCACAGGGUUUAAAUCAUCGUCGAUAUCAGGGUAUGUACACAUUUCCCUUAAGUGGCGCGAGGGUCUUGGCAAUCAAUCGAUUGCGCGUUUGUCUAGCGCAGGCAAGUCUGCGAGAAGGGGCUACGUUCGACGUGUGUGCGGUGUGAACCGGGACCCGGCAGAGUAGACAGACGAUGAUAUGAACGCGAACUGGCGCAUUGAGUGUGGCAAUCGUGGCUGUUGAGUUGUCUCCACGCGGUCGUUUUGUCACGAUGAGGGUACACUGGGGGUUUCGAGCGGCGCGAGCGUGCGCGAGUGGUAGUGGCUUUGUGUACACGGAACACCGUGGAAGGCCAUGGAACACGGUACGGCGCACGCCGUUGCAGCGGGCGCAGUCCAAGAUGAUGUUAUGAUGCUACUCGUCCG